GUCUGGUUGCCCUAAGAGUCAACAUGUUGCCAUUACGAAAAGUUUUCAACUCAAUUCACUUUGAGUCAUCGUUGUUAACCAUCUAUCUUUUCGAGUCACCCACCUUGUAUACCAUAUCUUCAAAAGAAGGAUUAGAUGCUGGCACCGCUCUGCUCUUGGUGGCGUCUUACACCAGCCUUUCUGUUCUUGAUCCUACAAAUCUAGUCUUUGACCAAGACAAGAAGAAUAAGAAGGAGAUCAGUGAUCCUUCUUUCGAACAUGUUCGUGAGUAUGUUCUCAUAGAUCUUGAAAAAUUUCAUGAGGUUAUGUUGGAUCCCGCUGAGAAGAUCGAGCUCUACAUGUUCGAGGAGAAAGACGUCUUGAGUGCUGGUGAUUGAGGAGAAGUUUACGCUUACUUCUCACCUUAAUAUCGUAUUAUCUCUUAUUAUGAUGACUCUAAUUCCUUCUUAUUAGCCUAAUCAAUGGUUUGUAAUAAUAACUCAACAUUAUG